AUGUAUGAACAACAGCGCUGGACGACUUGUCCAUGCGAUACUCUGUUGGCGACUCGGAUGCUAGAAGAGCUCGAGCGCCGUUUCGUUAUAUACAAAACUGCAUCGCCCCCGGGUCCAGUGCGCUUGCCGUUCAAACAUGAUGAACAGCUCGGCGGGACUCUCCUCACACUGCUCGUUGACGAUCAUCCGUGGUUCUUUUACUUUACCGUUCUUCUUGCUUAA